AUGAAAGUGAUAUUGAAAUUCUUUAUCAGAAAAUUUAAAUUAAGAAAUGAAAAUGGUCUAAAUUUACUUUUCAUUACCAUUUUAAUUUGUGUAAUUUUCCGUGGAGUGUCUUGUCAAAAUUCGCGAUCAAAUCGAAAGAAAGGUAAUGGCAAAAACGUACAAAAAUCAUUUGGGAUUGAUAAUCAACGAACGAGUCAAGACCAUAAUUAUGGACUAUCGCCGAGGCGGUCUGGUCAUGGUCAGAGAAAACGAGUGAAGAGUAGCCAACAAAGACAACAUGAUCAUGAGGAUAGCGAGAUAAUUAAGAAUCUGAGCGAGUUGAUGUAUCAACUGACUCACGACUUUAAAGAACGAUUACAAAGAUCAAAACUCUGA